AUGGCUCGCUGGAUAGAGGUGAGAGACGGUGGUAGGAAAAAAAGGCCCCAUAUACAACAGGGAGAAUCCAACAAAAUACAAACAUGAGACCUGUAAUUUGUAAUGAACACUUUAGUGAACAAUUUACAGCAUGAUACACAGAGGCAGUGGGAGCAGAUCCACAUACCAGGUUACAGCAGCACAGCCUUCUGCAGUGCCUGGACGCUCACCAACUCAUAGAGCUAUAGGCUGCUAUACAAUCCACCAACCAACGGAUCAGACUGGAUCCAUGUUCAAACUGUUUCUUGCAAAUUGCACUUAUUACAUCCCCCAGUAGGUGUCAGCACCACUCCAUUUAGAAUCAGAAUCACCUUUAUUCGCCAAGUACAUUUACACAUACCCGGAAUUUGCCUUAGUGAGAAGGUGCUGCCAGCAAUAGACAAUACACAAACAGAAUACAGACAAAAGUCCACAUAGACGUCAUAAAAAAAACACAAACUCGUAAGUCGCUCUGAAUAAGAGCAUCUGCUAAAUGACUAAAUGUAAAAUGUAAAUGUAAAAAACAGUAAAAAUACAAUUGGGUCCUCUGUCCUGCUCAAAGUCACAGCGAAUCAAACUGAAAGAAGUCACUGUAAUGUCCAGUAGGCUACAGUCAGUGCAUCAUAUUAUCAUACGUCUUUCAGUCAAGUAUACAAACAAAUGCCCAUUUUCAAACAAACCCAAACUCUACCCCUAGGCACAUGCCUACGUUUUGUUAUUGUUUUUUGAUACUGGUUGAGUUAUGCAUUCAAUAACUGAGUCUGUUGCAGGUGUGUUGGAGUGUAUAAUGAGAUUCCAAAGUAGAAGCUAUGGUACAGUAUACUGCUUACUUUCAAAGUGUCACUUCUUUACAGUAAUUAUACGUUUUAAUGCGUGGCUGUGCCAACCUUCAUCAGAGCAGUGUUCAAUACUGCUGUCUCAGUUUUUUGCCCCUCUCUCUUUCCCAACCGUCCUUCACUAACUAUUUUCUAUAUGUUACUUUUUAAUCCCCCUCUCCCUAGCCACACUUCAUUGCUCCCCCUCUCACUGGAGACUGAAGAAGAGGAGAAAUAGGGGAGGGGGAGGAAGAGAGAAGAGGAGAGGAGAAAUAGGGGAGGGGGAGGGAGAGAGAAGAGGAGAAGAGGGGAGGGGAGGAGAGAGAAGAGGAGAGGAGAAUAGGGGCGGGGAGGAGAGAGGAAGAGGAGAGAGAAAUAGGGAGGGGGAGGGAGAGAGAAGAGGAGCAAUAGGGGAGGGGGAGGGAGAGAGUGGGGGAUAGAGACAGAGAAAGUGAGAAGAGGGGAAAGACAGGGAGAAAGGUGGGUGUAAGAGAGAGAGAGAUGAGUAGUGUAUUGGGAAUGGGAAAUUGUGCUGAGACUAAGAUUUUUCACCUAAAAUGUGUGCCAAACAAAAAAACAUUUAUUUAAAAGUUGAACGAACUCUAUGCAUAAGGACUACUUUUAACAAUUUACACUGAACAUUUAAAAAAAACACAUUUAUUGAUGCAAAGUUUGGUAACAGAAUUGAGGUAAAUCUAGUUUUUUAUGUGACCACGUUUUCCAAAAACUCUGUUAAUUAUCUGCUCCGAUUUAAGAUUAAAAGACGUCUGCAGAAAGAAUGGGGUAUCAGCUAUGACAUGGCACCUUGAGUUUGAAAAAAUCUAUUUUGGUUAUUGAACAACAGUAAGUGAAGUGGAUUUACACACAGUAACAUAAUUGCGGUAACAGAAUUGCGGUAACAGAAUUGCGGUAACGGAAUGUCACGCACGUUGACUGAUGACUCGUGGAACCAAGGCGCAGCGUGAUAAGCGUACAUCUUUAUUGAUACACAACACACGAACAAAACGAAACGAUACGUGAAGUCCUGAGGUUACACACACCAAACCUUUACGGAUCAAGAUCCCACAAACUAACUGGUGCCAACAGGCUGCCUAAGUAUGGUCCCCAAUCAGAGACAACGAGCUACAGCUGCCUCUGAUUGGGAACCACCCUGGCCAACAUAGAUCUAAACGAUCUAGAACAAAAAACAUAGAAAACUAAACAUAGAAAAAUCCACACCCUGGCUCAACAUUUAAGAGUCCCCAGAGCCAGGGCGCGACAGUACCCCCCCCCCCCCCCAAAGGCGCGGACUGCGACCGCGCCACACAAACACAAGAGGGUAGGGGCCGGGUGGGCAUUCCGCCUCGGAGGCGGAUCCGGCUCCGGGCGUGACCACCACCUUUUCUCCACCUCCCCGUUGUGCCCCUGGUCUGGUCCCGCUGACUGGAGCUGGACCCGACGACGGUGGACCAAACCUUACCGGCUCCGGACUGGAGCCGCUGGCCGGAGCUGGACUGGACACCGGUGGAGCGGAUUGCUCUGGCUCCGGAGUGGAUCCGCUGACUGGAGUUGGACCGGACCCCGGUGGAGCGGAUUGCUCUGACUCCGGAGUGGAGCAGCUGACCUGUGCCGGACCAGGCACCGGUGGAACAGGCACAGGCCGUGCCGGACUGGACACACGCACCACUGGCUUGGCGCGGGGAGCAGGAACGGGCCGGACCGGGCUGACGACACGCACCACUGGCUUGGUGCGGGGAGCAGGAACGGGCCGGACCGGGCUGACGACGCGCACCACUGGCUUGGUGCGGGGAGCCGGAACGGGCCGGACCGGGCUGGCGACGCGCACCACUGGCUUGGUGCGGGGAGCAGGAACAGGCCGGGCUGGACUGGGAACACGCACCACUGGCUUGGUGCGGGGAGCCGGAACGGGCCGGGCCGGACUGUGGAGGCGGACUGGAGGUCUGGAGCGGAGAGCUGACACAACCCGUCCUGGCUGAAUGCCUAUUUCCACACAAUAUGUGUGUGGCAUCAGCACAGGAUGUACAGGGCUGUGCACUCGUACUGGCGCUACAGCACGUGGCACUGGCGCAGGAUAUACGGGACAGAGGAGGCGUACUGGAGGCCACGAGCGUUGAGCCGGCACACCCCGUCCUGGCUGCAUGCCCAUCUUAGCACGACACGUGCGUGGUGCUAGCACCGGACGUACAGGACUGUGCCGGAACACUCGCGGCACAGUACGUGGCUCCGCAUAACACGGAGCCUGCCCAGUCUCCCGCUUCCUAGCCUGAGUACGGGGAGUUGGCUCUGCUCUAACUCUAGGCUCCGCCAACCACCCUUUUAGCCCCCCCCCAAAAAAAAUAUAUUGGGGCUGUCUAUCGGGCUUCCUACUCGGCCGGUACCCUCUGCGUUGCCGCUGCUCCUCUCUGUAGCGCACCUCCACAGUCUCCUCCCAAGGACGGCGAUCCAUUCCGGCCUGAAUCUCUUCCCAAGUCCAGGAUCCCUUCCCGUCCAGGAUCUCCUCCCAAGUCCAGGCUGUCUGUUCCUGGACACGCUGCUUGGUCCUCUUUAGGUGGGAUCUUCUGUCACGCACGUUGACUGAUGACUCGUGGAACCAAGGCGCAGCGUGAUAAGCGUACAUCUUUAUUGAUACACAACACACGAACAAAACAACAAAAUGAAACGAUACGUGAAGUCCUGAGGUUACACACACCAAACCUUUACGGAUCAAGAUCCCACAAACUAACUGGUGCCAACAGGCUGCCUAAGUAUGGUUCCCAAUCAGAGACAACGAGCUACAGCUGCCUCUGAUUGGGAACCACCCUGGCCAACAUAGAUCUAAACGAUCUAGAACAAAAAACAUAGAAAACUAAACAUAGAAAAAUCCACACCCUGGCUCAACAUUUAAGAGUCCCCAGAGCCAGGGCGUGACACGGAAUUUCAUUUUAGGUCCCUAAUCUGAACUACACAGAAAUUAUUCAACCAAAUCAAAUUGUAUUUGUCACAUUCACCGAAUACAACAGGUGUAGUAGACCUUACCUUGAAAUGCUUGCUUAUGAGCCCUUCCCAACGAUGCAGAGUAAAACAUAAAUAAUAAUAAUAACACAAGAGGCAUAACAUACACAAGAAUGAAGCUAUAUACAGGGAGUACCAGUACCAGAUCAAUGUGCAGGGUUACGAGGCAUUAGAUGUAGAUACAUAUACUGUAUGUAAAUAAAGGCAGGGUAAAGUGACUAGGCAUCACGAUACACGGUAUAAUAACAAGAGUAAUAAUUAUGGAUAUGAAAGUCAUUCUCUUCAUGGCGAUGUAUCCUAAAUAGGUACACAAAGUUAGAAAUAUGCAAUAUCCUCCUUUGCAUAUUUGGGUAUUAUUUUACACAAUAGCUAUUAUUUUAUUGAGCUCCGCCACCAAACAAGACCAAAUUUGGUUGGUCUGGACCGGACCAAAUCUGAACCAAUCAUAGACGUCUAUGUUUCACAAGUUUGGACAACGAAGUACAGCACAGCAGAGCUCAGUAGAGUACAGUAGAGUACAGCACAGAACAGUAGAGUUCAGUGCAUUACAGUAGCGUUCAGUACAGUAGAGCUGUGGUUCCCAAUCUUUUUUGGUUAGUGUACCAUCAACUGAAUUUAGCUCUGCCCGGAGUACCCCUGAAGUACCAUCUUGUGUGCAUUUUACCAGUAAGUCUAUGGUCUCAUGAGUCUUCUCAAGUACCCCCUGUUGAUAGGCCAAGUACCCCCAGGGGUCCUAGUACCCCCGGUUGGGAACCACUGCAGUAGAGUAUAGUCAAAUAGAGUAUAGUUCAGUACAGUACAGAAGAGUUCAGUACAGUGCAGCAGAGUUCAGUUCAGUACAGUGCAGUAGAGUAUAGCUCAGUACACUACAUUAUAGUUUACUCAACUCUAGUGUGCUGUACUGUGUCCUGAACUCUACUCUUAAUUUAAAAAAAUAUAUAGACUUAGUUUUCAUUUGACACCCAAUUUGACCUGCUCCUAUGAACUUCACAUGUUGGUGCUCAUGGGUCCUUUAGCAAGGAAAUGACUGAAUGUAUCAAGGUGAUUCUCCCUCUUUCACACAGUCUCUCCAUCCAGAACAUAGGGAACCUCUCCAUUUGUAUCAAAACUGCUUAUUGCUUUCCUGCCUCUCUUCCCCUCGCCUCUCUGCCCUCUCUCUCGCUGUUGCUGCUAACGCCUGGCUCACUACUUCUCUCUUAGAAAUAAAGGUGCUAUCUAGAACCUAAAACGGUUCUUCAGCUGUCCACAUAGGAGAACCCUUUGAAGAACCCCUUUUGGUUCAGUCCAGUCAAGUUCUUCCACACCGAUCUCAACACACCAUUUCUGUAUGGACCUCGCUUUUUGCACAGGGGGAUUGUCAUGCUGAAACAGGAAAGGGCCUUCCCCAAACUGUUGCCAAAAGUUGGAAGCACAGAAUCGUCUAGAAUGUCAUUGUAUACUGUAGCGUUAAGAUUUCCCUUCACUGGAACUAAAGGGCCUAGCCCGAACCAUGAAAAACAGCCCCAGACCAUUAUUCCUCCUCCACCAAACCUUACAGUUGGCACUAUUCAUUCGGGCAGGUAGCAUUAUUCUGGCAUCCGCGAGAUGGUGAAGCGCGAUUCAUCACUCCGGAGGACAUGUUUCCAGUGCUCCAGAGUCCAAUGUCGGCGAGCUUUACACCACUCCAGUCAGCGCUUGGCAUUGCGCAUGGUGAUCUUAGGCUUGUGUGCGGCUGCUCGGCCAUGGAAACUCAUUUCAUGAAGCUCCCGACGAACAGUUCUUGUGCUGACGUUGCUUCCAGAGGCAGUUUGGAACUCGGUAGUGAGUGUUGCAACCGAGGACAGACGAUUUUUACGCGCUAUGUGCUUCAGCACUCAGCGGUCCCGUUCUGUGAGCUUGUGUGGCCUACCACUUUGCAGCUGAGCCGUUGUUGCUCCUAGACGUUUCCACUUCACAAUAACAGCACUUACAGUUGACCGGGGCAGAAAGUUGGGCAGUCAUUGAAUGUCACUGAGCUCAUCAGUAAGGCCAUUCUACUGCAAAUGUUUGUCUAUGGCGAUUGCAUGACUGUGUGCUCUAUUUUAUACACCUGUCAGCAACGGGUGUGGCUGAAAUAGCUGAAUCCUGGUGUCCACAUACUUCUGUAUAUAUAGUGUAGUUCUACCUGGAACCAAACAGUGUUCUACCUGGAACCAAAAAGGGUUCUCCUAUGGGGACAGCUGAAGAACCCUUUUGGAAUCCUUUUUUCUAAGAGUAACUACUGCCUCUUCACCUCUUUCUCCCUCUCUCCUGCCCUGUACCUCUCUUCCUGUGUUGCUGCCAGCUUCUUUCCCUCUCCACCAAUCCAACCUCGCUCUUUCUCCCUCUCUCUAUCUUCCACUCAGCUUGUUUUCUUCUUGCCUCUCUGUCUCCCUACCCUCCUUCUCUUCCUUGUCUCUCUCUCUUUUCUCUUCUCUCCCUCUGUUGCUGCCCGACUUGCUCCUGACUUCUCCUCCCUCCCACUCUAUUCCACUCUACCCUGCCUCUCUCUCUCCGUCUCUGUUGUUCACUUUCUCUUUCUCUGCUCUCUAUGUUCAGUAGUGCAACAUGAGGCAGUCUGUGGCUAUCUGUCUGUUUGGACUCUCAGCUCUGCUCCACGGUGAGGGAAUUUCAUUCUCUCUCUCUCUCUCUCUCUCUCUCUCUCUCUCUCUCUCUCUCUCUCUCUCUCUCGCUCUCUCUGUGUGUUUGUGUAUGUAUAUUUGUGUCUACGUGUACGUACAAUAUGUGUGUGUGUGUGUAUUGCGCAUGUGCGUGCAUGCGUCCGUGUGCAUGCGUGUAUGUGUGUGUGUGUGAGAGAGACAUAUUGCACUCUAUUUCAAACCACUGUAUGCAUAAUGACACUGCACCGACACAGUUAAUUUAUGCAACUUUGUAUAGACAGUGUAUGGCUGGGUGCAGGAUCAGCAGUGUAUGGCUGGGUGCACGGUCAGCAGUGUAUGGCUUGGUGCAUGGUCAGCAGUGUAUGGCUUGGUGCAGGAUCAGUAGUGUAUGAGUGGGAGGCAAGGCCAUUGAUAUAUGAGAUAACUCAACCGUACAGUUCCAGCUGUAUAGAAGAGAGAAGAGAGGAGAGGGAAAUGAACAGAGAGGGAGGAGAGAAGAGGAGCAGGAAUAAAGAGAGACAACAGAGAGGAACGAUCACAGAACUUACAGGUUAGGAUGUUGUUCAUCACAGUUGUAAAAUCAAACCCUCCUGUCUGUUUUAAUCCAUUAUUGGUUGAUUUAUUCCUCUCUGCACCAGCAGCAGUAUCUUAGAUGGCUAACAUCUUGUGACUGUAUAUUGAUAUGAUCCAUCUAGUUACUGCAUAUUGAUGCUCUUUCUGUGGGGUGAUAUUCACCAGAGUAAUACAAUCAGACCCGUCGCCAGACCUCAGUCUUAAGGGGGCAUAUGAAAUGCAUGGGAGGGCAGGGCACAAUUAUUAUUAGCCUACAGUAUGUAUAUUUAAUAAAAAAAUCCCUCAAGUGGGGGUGGGGGGCACAAGCAUUUUUGGGGGCGGGCCCGGCCCCCUAUGGCCCGCCCAUAGCGACGGGUGUGAAUACAAUACAAUACAUUGCAAUACAACACAACAAAUGAAUCCCCACAAAGGUCAUUUACAAGCAUUGUGGUGCAUAAUAGUAUACUACAUACAAACGCAACAUGCUGCUAUACAGACUGUACUCUACUGUAUGUGGGCCUACAUUCACUCGUUAGACAUUGCUACAGAAUUUAAUCAACUGCACAGAUACAUUAAGUCUGAUACAGUUGUGAAACGGGAAUGAAUGAAGUCAGUCCACGAUGGAGCUGCUAGAAGUGAGGUUCCUGGUCCUCCUGUCUGUCUGUCUGUCUGUCUGUUUGUUUGUCUGAGUUGAAGAUUUUUAGUGUUUAAUGCAUCACUAUUUCCAGCGUGGAAUAGAUCAGGCGUUUUAACGACCACAGAAAGACUGUCUGUUACUGGUCGAUCCCCUUAAAGGUAGAGUCAGCGAAAUGUCGUUGCAUGAACAGCAGCGUAGAUAUUGCGAUGAGCAAGAUGCAAUACUUUGCUCUCACACAGUCACACACAGUAUCUGCGUAUGUGCACAGGUUCGCUUCACGCUAUUACAAUGUGGUAGCCAGGGGACCGAAAGAGAGGUUUAGCCUUGCUCUCCAACGUUUUUAGUUGUUGCGGAAAUUGACCCACUACGCUGUUUACUUUGUUAAUCUACGUCAUAUCGCUGACUCUACCUUUAACAAUUAAUGGGCCUGUCUGGAUACUCCAUCGAUCUCUUCAUUCUCUCUGCUCUUGAUUCUCCUCUUUCACCCUCUCUUCACUUCCCCGCCCUCUGCCUCUUCCAGUCAUCUAUACAUCUCUGUACUCGUUUUCAAACAGCUUCGUUCAAAACCAUUUGAAACCGUUCCGUUCAAAUGAUCUCUUCUUUCGUUUGGUGUCUCUGUUCUCAUCAUGUUUUUAUCUCUGUCACUCCCUUCUCUAUUCAUCUUUUGUUCUCCUACAGCUCAUCUCUUCCAGCUGUUUUAGAUAUUCUUCCUCUCUUUCACUUUACUCCUUUCUCUUUCCCUUUCUAUAUAUUUCUCUCUCUCAUUUUUCCAGGGGCGCAACAUUCACUGGGGACUGGGGGAAUGACCCCCCAAAAUUCUGAAAUUGCAUUUAUCAUUGCAUAGUGAUACCAAAAACAGCAGGGUGCUUUAGGACCAUGUGGACACCUUAGAGCAGUCGGGUAUGCUGUUUGGAGGUUUUAGCCGGCUGGAUUUAGGACCACGCGGAUACCACAGAGCGGGUGGACAGGCUGUGUGAAGGCCAACCUUCUGAAAGGCUGGCUGGACCAGCAUGGGAGAGUUGAACAGAGGCAGCUGUUGUCAGUCCGUAUGUGUUGUGCUCUUUCUCUGAGUUGUAAAAGCAAGCAGAGCAGAAACUGGCUACUCUUUAGUUGACUGAUGUAGCUGGCUAGGUAAAUGCUGUUUAACUUAACAGAAAAAAAACUAAAUUAGUGUUUAUUCCCAGUGCUGAGCUAGUAGUGUAACUGACAUGUAACGUUAGCUAAUGUUUCAUCCCCUCUUGACUGAGGUGAAUGAAUUAGCUAGAGAGUAGCUACCACAGCCAGUUCAGCUCUAGCCUGUAGCUACAGUAUAUAUAUAUAUAUACACUACAUUACCAAAAGUAUGUGGACACCUGCUCGUCGAACAUCUCAUUCUAAAGUCCCCCACCCCCCACCAAAGUUGUGCUCCUGCAUUUUUCCUUCUGUCUUCUGGAAUGUAGCUGUCUCUUUGUAACUGUCUAUGUUGACUCCUCUGAUCCACUGUCUUCCUAUUCUUUCCCUCUCGUCAUUGCACUCUCUCUCUCCCGCUCUCCCGCUCUCCUCCCUCCUCCUCAUCCCUUUCCCUCCUUUCCACUCCUUAUCCCCCUCCUUCUCUCUCUCCCUCCCCCUCUCUCAGUCUCUGAGCAGGGUCCCCACCAGCGUAAUCUAUUGAGGGAGCUACUGAGGGACUAUAACCGUAUGGAGAGACCUGUGGCCAACGACUCUCUACCACUCACUGUCCGAUUCUCCUACACUCUCUUACAAGUCAUGGAUGUGGUACGCUCCCAUGUUCUCUUACACACACACACACACACACACACACACACACACACACACACACACACACACACACACACACACACACACACACACACACACACACACACACACACACACACACACACACACACACACACACACUAAUUUAACUGUCUUCGUCUUAUUCCAGGAUGAGAAAAACCAGAUCCUCACCACUAAUGCCUGGCUUCAGAUGGUGAGCAUGUCUGUGUGUGUCCAUGCAUGUGUGUGGGCGUGUGUGACUCUGCAUGUGUGUCCAUGCGUGUGUGUGUGUGUGGCUCCCUAGCUGUGUUUAGACAGGCAGCCCAAUUCUGAUAUUUGUUUCACUAAUUGGUAUUAUGCUCUGAAAAACAUCUGACGUGAAAAGAUCUGAUGUGAUUGGUCAAAAGACCAAUUAGUGGAAAAAAUAUCAGAAUUGGUCUACCUGUGUAAACGCAGCCCCUGUAACCUUAAUAAUUGAUUGACUGGAUUUAUAUAGCAAUGGUUUGACCACUACCUUCAGUGGAACCAGUCAGAAUACCCAGGAGUGAAAACCCUUCGCUUCACUACUGACCAGGUCUGGAUACCUGAUAUACUACUGUACAACAGGUGUGGGUCUCUCUCUCUCUAAAAAUGUAUUUGUUUAUUUAACUUAAAAUAUCAAGGCAACCAGCUGCAAUAGGGUUUCUUAUUUGCUCAACAGAAUAGCAUAGAUAGCAAGACCUUUGCACACCUGGAUUGUACAAUAUACUGAGUUAGGAAGGAAGCCUGUAUCUUUGUAAUGACUGGGUGCAUUGAUACACCAUCCAAAGUGUAAUUAAUAACUUCAUGCUCAAAGGGCUAUUCAAUGUCUGCUUAUUAAUUUGUUACCCAUCUACCAAUAGUUACCCUUCUUUGCGAGGCAUUGGAAAAUCUCCCUGGUCUUUGUGGUUGAAUCUGUGUUUGAAAUUCACUGCUCGACUGAGGGACCUUACAGAUCAUUAUACAGUGGGGAAAAAAAGUAUUUAGUCAGCCACCAAUUGUGCAAGUUCUCCCACUUAAAAAGAUGAGAGAGGCCUGUAAUUUUCAUCAUAGGUACACGUCAACUAUGACAGACAAAAUUAGAACAAGAAUUCCAGAAAAUCACAUUGUAGGAUUUUUAAUGAAUUUAUUUGCAAAUUAUGGUGGAAAAUAAGUAUUUGGUCAAUAACAAAAGUUUCUCAAUACUUUGUUAUAUACCCUUUGUUGGCAAUGACACAGGUCAAACGUUUUCUGUAAGUCUUCACAAGGUUUUCACACACUGUUGCUGGUAUUUUGGCCCAUUCCUCCAUGCAGAUCUCCUCUAGAGCAGUGAUGUUUUGGGGCUGUCGCUGGGCAACACAGACUUUCAACUCCCUCCAAAGAUUUUCUAUGGGGUUGAGAUCUGGAGACUGGCUAGGCCACUCCAGGACCUUGAAAUGCUUCUUACGAAGCCACUCCUUCGUUGCCCGGGCGGUGUGUUUGGGAUCAUUGUCAUGCUGAAAGACCCAGCCACGUUUCAUCUUCAAUGCCCUUGCUGAUGGAAGGAGGUUUUCACUCAAAAUCUCACGAUACAUGGCCCCAUUCAUUCUUUCCUUUACACGGAUCAGUCGUCCUGGUCCCUUUGCAGAAAAACAGCCCCAAAGCAUGAUGUUUCCACCCCCAUGCUUCACAGUAGGUAUGGUGUUCUUUGGAUGCAACUCAGCAUUCUUUGUCCUCCAAACACGACGAGUUGAGUUUUUACCAAAAAGUUCUAUUUUGUUUUCAUCUGACCAUAUGACAUUCUCCCAAUCCUCUUCUGGAUCAUCCAAAUGCACUCUAGCAAACUUCAGACGGGCCUGGACAUGUACUGGCUUAAGCAGGGGGACACGUCUGGCACUGCAGGAUUUGAGUCCCUGGCGGUUUAGUGUGUUACUGAUGGUAGGCUUUGUUACUUUGGUCCCAGCUCUCUGCAGGUCAUUCACUAGGUCCCCCCGUGUGGUUCUGGGAUUUUUGCUCACCGUUCUUGUGAUCAUUUUGACCCCACGUGGUGAGAUCUUGCGUGGAGCCCCAGAUCGAGGGAGAUUAUCAGUGGUCUUGUAUGUCUUCCAUUUCCUAAUAAUUGCUCCCACAGUUGAUUUCUUCAAACCAAGCUGCUUACCUAUUGCAGAUUCAGUCUUCCCAGCCUGGUGCAGGUCUACAAUUUUGUUUCUGGUGUCCUUUGACAGCUCUUUGGUCUUGGCCAUAGUGGAGUUUGGAGUGUGACUGUUUGAGGUUGUGGACAGGUGUCUUUUAUACUGAUAACAAGUUCAAACAGGUGCCAUUAAUACAGGUAACGAGUGGAGGACAGAGGAGCCUCUUAAAGAAGAAGUUACAGGUCUGUGAGAGCCAGAAAUCUUGCUUGUUUGUAGGUGACCAAAUACUUAUUUUCCACCAUAAUUUGCAAAUAAAUUCAUUAAAAAUCCUACAAUGUGAUUUUCUGGAUUUUUUUUCCUCAAUUUGUCUGUCAUAGUUGACGUGUACCUAUGAUGAAAAUUACAGGCCUCUCUCAUCUUUUUAAGUGGGAGAACUUGCACAAUUGGUGGCUGACUAAAUACUUUUUUCCCCCACUGUAUGUGUGGGGUACAGAGAUGAGGUAGUCAUGAAAAAAUCAUAUUAAACACUAAUAUUGCACACAGAGUGAGUCCAUUGUUUAACACUAUUAUUACACACAGAGUGAGCUUCUUUUUUUUUUUUACUCCUGAACUUAUUUAAGCUUGCCAUAAAAAAAAGUUCAAUACUUAUUGACUCAAGACAUUUCAGCUUUUCAUUUUUCAUUAAUUUCUAAACAUUUCUAAAAACUUUAUUCAACUUUCACAUUAUGGGGUAUCUUGUGUAGUCCAGUGACACAACAUCUCAAUGUAAUCAAUUUAAAAUUCAGGUUGUAACACAACAAAAUGUGGAUAAAGUCAAGGGGUUGUGAAUACUUUCUAAAGGCACUGUAAGUGAAUAUGUUUAAAAUGAAUCUCUUUAUGACAAUACAUGAUAAUAAAUUACAUAUUAGUGAUGAGUUGUUCGCGAAUGAACGGCUCUUUUUGAACAGAUAUUUUUGGUGAAUGUCGGGAACCGUAUCGUAUCUGUGAAAGAGUCAUUCAUUUGGCUCCCUGCUACUGCUGCCUUUUGAGCUCCAGACAACCAUUAUCUGUAGAUGAAAACAUUCUCUGAAGAUGUUCAUUCCUCACUGCAGGAACAAUAGUUAUUGAGGAGAGAGCCAAGCAAUCUAAUUUAGUCCGGAAAAAUGUAUUUGAACUCACAUUUCACUAUCUGCAUAAUGGUAGGGAACAUUUUAGGCUUUACAUUAGAAAUGUGCUAUUUUUUAUGGUUUUUCUCACAUUUUUAUGCGCUACUAAAUGAAGAGCCGUUAGGGAGCAAAAUGAACGGCUCAUUACGUGAGUGGCGCCAAAAGAUCUGGCUCACCGAAAAGACUUGGGAUGCUCAUCACUAGUUACACCCUAACACAGUGAUCUGAAACUCCUGGUUUACAGGCCAUAUCAAGCCUGCAAGUCACAUAUUGCUGACUUGCAAAGUUAUGUGUAAUUCCUUUUGGAAUUCAGCCAGAGUGAGGAUAUCCAGAUUAACAGAUUGGAUUAGUUUAGAAAAAUGUAUUUUAUUUAUCUUUGUGUAGCAUAAGAUGAAUCAACCAAACAAUGUGUAUGCAAAAACACAGGUAUUAAACCAAACAAUUCUGAAAAUCAUCCUGCAUGCUGGGAAAUAUGUCAAUGAUGGGCGUGGCUUUGAGCAAACUAUAAAUCAUAUUGCAGCUGGUUGCCUUGAUAUUUUCAUUUGAAUCAACUUCAACGCUAUUUUGAAGUCUAUUCAACUUCCAGAAUAAGGCUGAUUAAGCAACUGGUUAAGUUGGCUUUUUUAAAGUGCACACACACACACGCACACACACGCACGCACGCACACACACACACACACACACACACACACACACACACACACACACACACACACACACACACACACACACACACACACACACACACACACACACACCACACACACACACACACACACAUACACACAUACACACACACACACAUACACACACACACACACACACACACACACACACACACACACACACACACACACACACACACACACACACACACACACACACACACACACACACACACACACACACACACACACACACCAUGCUGAUCUUUCUUUUUUGUCCAUGUCAGUGCCCAUGAUAAGUUUGAUGCCACCUUUAAGAGCUACGUGCUGGUCAACUCCAGUGGCUUCUGUGAGUACCUACCUCCAGGUACGUCUAUAGAUCAACCUUUCUUUCUCUCUUUUUAUUCCUCUCUGACCGUCCUCUCUCAUUUUAGAGAGUGGGGUAAGUUGAGCCACACUUGUUUCUAGGAAAUCAUACACAAAAUGUAUUAUUUGAUCAAAUAUUUGUCUGUGAAGGAAGAAACUAAAUGGAAAAAGUGGUAAGCAAGUUAUGUCCAAAAAACGUAUUUUCACCAAGUCAAACAAAUGUAUUGUGUUAGAGGUUUCAUGAUGCUUAUAUCUAAACAUUUACAUUUACGUCAUUUAGCAGACGCUCUUAUCCAGAGCGACUUACAGUUAGUGCAUACAUUAUUCUUUUUUAUUUUCAUACUGGCCCCCCGUGGGAAUCGAACCCACAACCCUGGCGUUGCAAACGCCAUGCUCUACCAACUGAGCUACCUCCCUGCCGGCCAUUCCCUCCCCUACCCUGGACGACGCUGGGCCAAUUGUGCGCCGUAGAUCAAAGUAGAUCAUACAUCAGUUGGGGUCUCUAUAAGCUUCAAUAUGAGGUCCUAAACCUAGCAUGAAAGUACAUCCUUGUAGCUGUGUGGGCUAAUAUAAUCAAAAUGUUUGCCUUAGGGUAAGUUGAGCCAAUGGCCAUGGGCUAAGUUGAGCCUUUUUUUGGACAAGCUGUGUUUUCAAAACUGUAGUGUUUACAUUCAUUCUGAUUAUUUCCAGGGAUUCACAACAUCCUGAAAUAUAUGUAGAUAUCUUUGUUAGAAAGAAUACUAUACAGUGAGCACCAUAAUUAAUUGGACAGUGACCAUUUUUUUGUUAUUUUGGUUCUGUACUCUAGCACUUUGAGUUUGAAAGGAUACAAUGACAAUGAGGGUUAAGUGCAGACUGUCAGCUUUAAUUUGAGGGUAUCCUAAGUGGCGCAGUGGUCUAAUGCACUGCAUCGCAGUGCUAGCUGUGCCACUAGAGAUCCUGGUUCGAAUCCAGGCUCUGUCGUAGCCGGCCGCGACCGGGAGACCCAUGGGACGGCGCACAAUUGGCCCAGCGUUGUCCAGUGUAAGGGAGGGAAUGGUUGGCAGGGAUGUACCUCAGUUGGUAGAGCAUGGUGUUUGUCGAUGCAAAUGAAGCUGGCUGUCAUAAGGCUCAGAAAUGAAAAUCAAUCAAGCAGGAACAUUGCAAAAACCCUGGCCAUGCCCAAGUCAACAGUUUGGUUCAUCAUUAACAAGAAAAAAACAACCGGUGAACUCAAUUAUGUCAACAGACCUGGUAGACCGAGGAAGACCACUGUAGUGGAUGACCGGAGAAUACUCUCUAUGGUGAAGAAAACCCCCCUGACAACAGCCCAACAGAUCAAAAACACUCUCCUGGAUGCAGGUGUAGAUGUGUCAAAGUCUACCAUACAUAGAAGACUACACCAGCAGGACUACAGAGGGUACACUACAAGAUGCAAACCACUGAUAAGCCUGAAGAACAGAAAGGCGAUAUUACUGGCUGAGUCAAUCACCGGAUCUGAAUCCAAUUGAACAUGCAUUUUACAUGCUGAAGAGGAGACUGGAGGCAAUAAGUCCCCGAAACAAGCAGGAACUGAAGAUGGCUGCAGUACAGGCCUGGCAGAGCAUCACCAGGGAAGAUACCCAGCGUCUGGUGAUGUCGAUGCAUCGCAGACUUCAAGCAGUCAUUGCAUGCAAAGGAUAUGCGACCAAAUAUUAACAAUGAUUACUUUAUUCUCAUUAUGUUAAACUGUCCAAUGUUUUUUGAUGCCCGAAAAUGGGGGGGACCAUGUACAAAAGCUUCUAGAAUUUCUAAACGGUUCAUCCGAUAUGUAUGAAAAUACCCUCAAAUUAAAGCUGACAGUCUGCACUUCACCCUCAUUGUAAUUGUAUCCUUUCAAACUCAAAGUGCUAGAGUACAGAACCAAAAUAACAAACAAAUGUUCACUGUCCAAUUAAUUAUGGUGCUCACUGUAUUUCCCUUGAUGCUGAAUGUAACAAAUGGCUCAACUUACCCCACUUUCCCUUACCGGUAAUGCACUUCUCUCUCAAUCUCUCUUUUAUUUUCUCCCCCUCUCCCUUCUCUCACUCCCUCUCCCCCCACAUCUCUCACCAACCCCCUCUCUCCCUGUCCCAGGUAUUUUCAGCAGUGCGUGUGAAGUGGACGUGCGUUGGUUUCCCUUUGACGUCCAGCACUGUGAGCUGAAGUUUGGCUCGUGGACGUUUGACGGCUGGCUGCUGGACCUCCAGAUGCAGGAGGCUGACCUGUCAGGAUACAUGUCCAAUGGAGAGUGGGAACUGCUGGGUGAGAGACAGCUCUGUCUGCCACCGAUCCAGCUUGUCCCUCCACACUUUACUCUCCGUCUCUUCUUUUCCAUCCCUCUUGUAUCUCUCUCUCCUCUGUCUUAUUUUCUAAUCUCUCCCCCCUCUUAUAGGUGUACCAGGUGAUCGUCAUGAGAUAUUUUACGAGUGCUGUACAGAGCCCUACUCUGACGUGACCUUUGUUGUGACCCUACGGCGGAGAACUCUGUUCUACGCUCUCAACCUCCUCGUCCCCUGUGUUCUCAUCUCCUCCUUGACACUGCUGGUGUUCCUACUGCCAGCCCAAUCGGGGGAGAAGAUAGGUCUAGGUGAGGAGAGGGGGAGGAGGAGAGGGGGAGAAGAGGGGGAGGAGAGGGGGGAAGAGGGAGAGGUGGAGGACAGGGGAAGGGAAAAAUGUUGUAAAAAAAAUUAAAUAAUGAAUGCACUCACUAACUGUAAGUCGCUCUGGAUAAGAGCGUCUGCUAAAUGACUAAAAUGUAAAAUGUAAAAAAAAAUGUAAAUGGGAGAGGGGGAGAGUUAAAGGGAGCAGGGAUGAAGACAGGAGAUAUGUUGGAGGUGAAAAGGGGAUGGCUAAGGCGCUGGAAAGUGUAAAAUAUAAUGAAAAUAGGGAAGAUGAGGUGUAAGGGAAAGAUAGAACAGAGGGAAGAUGAGGUGUAAGGGAAAGAUAGAACAGAGAUGGAGGGAGAGAAGGGGGGUAGGGGAGGGACAGAGAUGGAGGGAGAGAAGGGGGGUAGGGGAGGGGAGGAACAGAAUUGGAAGGAGAGAAGGGGGUAGGGGAGGGACAGAGAUGGAGGGAGAAAAGGGGGUGGGGAGGGACAGAGAUGGAAGGAGAAAAGGGUGGGUGGGUGGGGAGGGGAGGAACAGAGAUGGAGAGAGAGAUGGAUGGGUGGGGUGAGUUGGCAGAGAGAUGGAGACUUGUACUACCCACAAGUAUUGCUGUAUUUCCCAGCGUAAAUGUAUCGUUUUGCCCAUCUCUCUCUCCAGGCAUCACAAUUCUUCUCUCUCAGACUUUCUUCAUGUUGCUGGUGGCUGAGAUUAUGCCAGCUACCUCAGACUGCAUUCCACUGAUAGGUCAGUGACUGUAUGUGUGUGUGUGUGUGUGUGUGUGUGUGUGUCUGUGUGUCUGUGUGUGUGUUUGUGUGUGUGUGUCUGUGUGUAAGUGUACUAUAAUACUGUCUCUCCAUCCUAGGUCAGUAUUUUGUGAGUACCAUGGUUACCGUAGGGAUGUCAGUGGUGGCGACUGUAGUUGUACUUCAGUACCAUCACCACGACCCCAACAGUGGAGACAUGCCUCAGUGGGUAAGGCUCUAGGUCUGUCUAUUGAUCCUGAAGUGUGUCUGUGACUGUCUGUGUGUGUUCCUCUCAUAUCUGUGACUGUCUGUGUGUGUUCCUCUCAUAUCUGUGACUGUCUGUGUGUGUUCCUCUCAUAUCUGUGACUGUCUGGACCUUCUGUAUGUCCUGUACUUUUUUCUCAGGUGUAGUUGGUUCUACUGCAGUACAUUCCCUGGUUCCUCUCAUCUAUGUAUGUGUGUGUGUGUGUGUGUAUCUAAUCUGUGUGUGUGUCCUCUCCUUCUCUCUCAGUUGGUUCUGCCGCAGUAGGUCCCUGGGUCCUCUUGCCUACUAUCUCUGUGUGUGUCUCUCUCAGGUUGAGUUGGUUCUACUCCAGUGGGUUCCCUGGUUUCUGAGGAUGAAGUGUCCAGAAGAGUGGGGCGAGCUCACACCCCACCACAGCCCCUCGAACCCCCAGACCAAGACCUUCUCCUCUCCCCCCACUACACCCACCACGGCCCCCUUAACCUUCCCCCAGAGCCUCACCUCUCUGCAGGCCAGUCUCAGGCAGCCCCUACCACACCCACUGUCCAAUCCUACCCUCCAGUCCUAUCCCAACCAUAAUCCAAACCCCCAGCCUAAUAUCCACCUUAACCCAAAUCGAAAUCCCCAGCCCCUUCUUAACCUACACCCCAGCCCUAAUACCAAUCUCCCCUCCACCCCCCACCCUCAGCCCAAUGGACACCUGCCCUACAUGGGCUUCCAGAUUCUUCCUGAACCAGACCCUGCUGUCACCUGGAGAGGAGGAAGAGGAGGAGGAGGAGGAAGAGGAGAAGAAGAAAGAAGGGGUUCUGACACCCCGAUCCUCCACCACCACCCACCCUCCCCCACAACGUUCGGUAGCCCCCCGCCACAACCCCCCACAUCUCCAGAUCCUGACCCCUCAUCCUCAGGUUCCAGCUGUGUAGAGGAUGGGGUUGGAGCAAGGGGAGUGGGUACGGGCCAUGCCCAGGCCGGGGUGUUCCAGGCUGGGGAAGCGGAGGCCCAGCUCCAGGCCCUGCUGGCGGAGGUGCGGUUCCUGGCCGAGGGUCUCCGUGAGCAGGACCGCAGGGUGAGCGUGGCAGAGAAGUGGCAGUUUGCAGCAGUGGUCAUCGACCGUCUGUGUCUGGUGGGGUUCAGUGUGUUCAACAUCAUCUGUACCAUCGCCAUCCUCAUGGCCGCACCCAAUUUUGUGGAGGCCGCCUCCAAGGACUUCUUCUGA